UGUCGUUAUAGUUAGCGGUGUUAGCAUGUAGCAUGUUUACUUUAAAGAAACCAGAAAAAGACGUAAAUAUGUUCAUAAACACGAUGAAAUAUGUCACAGGAGGUGAAGGAUGUGCGUGUGUGUUUCCAUCCACUGUUGGAGGCCAGUGAUGUGCUGGUGAUCACACAGAGAGUCCUGCAGGAUUUUCCCAGCAGAAUCCCCCCAGAGUUCCGGCCCUGGUUCCCAUCUGCAUCCGACACACAUCCACCAAUCAGACCCCAUAGACCCGCACCGCUGAUCCCACAUGAGGAGCCGCUGCGUCAGGGUGAAACGCAGAGCAGAUCCAGAGCUGAGGAACAGAAAUUCCAGCGCACGUGGUGUGUCAUACAAGACAGAAACGCUCCUCUGCAAACCACACAGUCCUUUUCACGGCUCUUCCGGAUGACCAUAGAGAAACACAAACUGCAUCUGCGGCAGAGAGUACGCUGGGCGCUGAGCGAGAGGAACUGUGCAGGACUGGAGGACCUCUGGGUGGGCAUAAACAGAGCUGUCAGACACUCCCGUAUGCCAACCUGCAACGCAAACUUCCAGAGGGCCCUGGCGCAGAUAUGGCUGUACUGCGACGUGCUGUACUGCGAAUACAUCGGCAACUUCUUGAAGCAGGAGUUCCAGCUUUCAGGCCAGAUCACUUUAUCUGUUCAUAAACUGGGAGACAUUAUUAAAUUAUAAAUCACUGGCUUUAUAUUUUUAAAUGUUUUUUAACUUUUUUAACACUGUAAAAUACGCUUUUUUGCUGAAAGUCAUGCAGACUUGUGAGAUGAAAAGUGAAAAUUAUCUUAUUUAUUUUAUAUUAUUCUGGGAUGCUGAAAUUAAAUGAAAUAUUAUUUAACAUCACUGAAUAUUUCAAGCAAAGAGUAUAAAAAUU